CCAUGCAUCGCAUGCCAGCUCUGUAGGAUCCCUCCCCCUGCCUCCCUCUAGCUACCUCUACGAUGGACGCCGACCGCCACUCCCACACCACAGACAGCCAACAAACAAGAACAGGCAGCGUGACUCUCGAGCCGCAUCAUACCUCUCCUCUCGACGAGACGUGGAUGAAGCAAGCCAUCCCUCCCGCAGUCCCGCCAAAGCAAGGCCCGUUGCCAGAAAACGACGGACCACAACCCCUUGCAGCACACUACACACCCCAUGAGUACGUCGACGUCAACGGGGUCCGGAACAAGGCGCUCCAUGUCACACCGAUGACGUCCGCCGGGUUUGAGAAGUUCUCUCAACAUGUGCAGCCGCCGCCAGCAGCAACAAAACGGACGUGGGAACAGAGGAUAUAUGGGAUGCGAAGGUCGACGUUUGCGUUGGUUGUUGCUUUGGUCGUUACCGUGGCGGCGGCGAUUGGGUUGGGUGUUGGACUGGGGGUGGGGUUGAGGCAGACGGGCGGUGGUGGAAGUCAUGAUGGAGGUACAACAACCACAGAUCCAUCCGCUUGUCCCGCCGCCCAGCAGUCCCAAAUCACCACUUCUCUCUCCUCCACCUUGACAACAGCAACAACAGCAUCGUCAUCACAACCGACCACCACAGAUACCAGUAGAGCAACAGUUACAGCCACAACCAUCACCAUCCAAACCCUACCUCUAUCAACCUCCACGCCCAACAUAAACGCCCAGUCGCACCUCACCUGCCCAACCUCCAAUUCCACCAUCCUCCUCUCCUCCUUCUCCCCUUCCUCCUCCCUCUCCCCCUCCUCCUUCUCCCCCCAGCCCCAAGCAUCAGAACCCCAACCGCUCAAAUACCAAAUCCUCUGCGACUCCAACCUCCCCCCUUUCCCCCCCGGCCUCCUCCCCAUCAUCAAAACAAGACUGGACCUCGCCGGCCCUUUGAGGGGUGUGCAGACAACUCGAACAAUGCUGGGGCAUGUGCGACGGGAUCAAUUUUUUUCUGGAAAGAAAAGACGUGGCGGCUGUUUGGAAUUAUGUAUAUCGAUGGGCCGAAUAAGGGGGAGUGUUGGUGUGUUGCUGGUACGGGCCCUACGGGGAAGGGGCAGCUGAGAGUGGUGGGGAAUGAGGGGGUUGGGGUUGUUGUUAGGCCUUUAGUUGGGAUGGCUGAAUGAGGACGACCACGGAAGAUGUUAAGAGAAAGGAAGGCAUCAUGCUUGCUACCUUAGUGAAGCGGUUAGGUUAGGUAGUUUUUGAACCUAUUACAUACAUGGCCGCCUUUAUAACACCAUAGACACGACACCGAAUACUUCGAGGUGGUGAUGAUGUCUGUCGCACUCGCUCAUUCACGGUCCUACCUAGAGGUGUACCUAGCA